UACUAUUUUCCUGUAACACCUUCGACGACAUCUUCCCCAGAUUGUGGAGCGCUUCCCCACGCGCAGCAUGUAACAGCGCACAUCAUGGCCCCGCAUGAUGAUCAGGAUGUGCAUCGACAAGCAAGCCCGGCUCAAAAUGGCAGUUUCUGUUCAUGGCAAGCCGCGCCGAGUCACCGAGUGAGGAGUUGCCUUGCGAGUUGUAGCGGCGUUCGAAGGGAGAAGGCUCGGAAGAGGUGCGACAUUGUCCAUACAAAGACUUGAAAAGUAGCUUCUCGAGAAGACGCCAGAAGACGCCGAAUUUCUCUGCUUUGCUUCCGAUUCCACGAGUGGCACCUUCACGAUGGCAUCCAUCGAAUCCCCUCACUUUCAAGCUCUCAACCUGGUGGAUCUCGACUUUGGAAAGAUCUCCAAGACUUUACCUCAACGUCUCGGUCUCGAAGAUGUUUUCGCUCUCGCGACUCUCGCUGCAGCCGUUGCGGUAUAUUUCUGGCUCGUGAGAGAACAGCAUGACCCUUAUGCUUACAAGCUCUAUGAACGUCCGCAGGAAGCGAUGAUGGGAAAGAGAGGAGAGAAGGCUACGAGAGAUAUCGGAGAGAAGUUGGGACAGAAUGGCGCUGAUAUUGUCAUUUUCUGGGGCUCGCAAUCUGGAACUGCGGAAAGAAUGGCUCAUCGACUGGGAAAAGAGAUUAGGCAGAGGUUUGGGAAGAAGGCUCUUGUGGCUGAUGUUUCGGAUUAUGAGCCUGCAAGUCUUGGGGGGGUGGAUGAGAGGAAGUUGGCGCUUUUUAUUGUCUCGACGUUUGGAGAGGGAGAUCCGAGCGACAAUAUUCAUGAUUUGUGGAAUUGGUUGGACACUGCCAAGGGAAGACCAGUCGAGAAUUUGAGGUAUGCUGCUCUUGGGUUGGGAAAUAGUAACUACAAAUAUUUCAAUGCUGUGGUGGAUGUCGUCGUUGCGAAGCUUGAGAAUCUUGGAGCGAAGAAUUUGUUACCUGUGAGCAAGGCCGACGAUGCCCAAGGGCAGACUGAGGAGCAUUAUUUGGAGUGGAAGGGUGCAAUCUUUGAAUUGUUAAAGGAGAGAAUGGGUUAUGAGGAACAUGAGCCUGUCUACGAGCCGGCGUUGAAGGUCGAGCAGGAUUUGAGUUUAGAGCCGAUCGAUCUUUUCCAGGGAGAGCCUUGUGUGCAGGAUAAGAGCAGGAAGGCCAGUCGACUAGUAUCGCCGGUUCAUGCCUUGCCGGUCAAGGCUACGCGGGAGUUGUUUGAUGUUGCAAAAGAGAGGAAUUGCAUCCAUAUGGAGCUCGAUUUGCAAGAGUUCCCCGGACUGAAGUAUAAGACUGGAGAUCAUCUUGGCGUCUGGCCACUGAACCCUCAGGUUGAAGUCGAUAUCCUACUCCGGUGUCUGGGACUCCACGAGGAGCGCAACAAUCCGAUCUCCCUCAGGUCUCUGGAACAGGAUUCGCGACUGAAAGUUCCAACACCGACUUCGAUCCACGCACUCUUCACAAACUACCUAGAAGUCUGCUCUACUGUAUCGCGAGAAACGAUCGCUUCUCUGGUUCAAUUUGCUCCAACAUCUACUGCGAAGGACCUUUUCGCCAAGUUGAGCACUGACAAAAGUGCUUACGAUGAGCUCGUUGGCAAGACAUACAUCAAUCUGGGCCGCCUUCUCCAACUCGCAGCACCCGAACAAGGCGCCUGGAAAGAUCUACCUCUCUCCUUCAUCGUCGAAGCUCUCCCCGCCAUGCAGCCACGCUACUAUUCCAUCUCCUCCUCCUCAGUCACUCACGCCCGCCAAAUCGCCAUCACAGCCGUCGUCUCCGACAAGCGUAUGACACACGGCGACGAUGUCAUUCCUGGUCUCUGCACGAACUAUCUUCUCGGCGUGCAGAAGUGUUUCUUGAGUAACAACGUCAACGAAACAAGAAUCUUCGCCCACGUCCGAAAGUCUAAUUUCAAACUUCCUGCACUUCAAUCACAUCCUAUUGUGAUGGUUGCAGCUGGAACAGGUAUUGCUCCUUUCCGCGCUUUCAUUCAAGAGCGAGCUAGACUGGCGAAGAUGGGAAGAGAAAUUGGUCGUACGAUCCUCUUCUUCGGGUGUCGCAAUGAAGCGGAGGACUUUCUGUACAAAGACGAGCUCACGGAGUGGGAGAACACGCCUGAGCUGAAGCUGAGCGUCAUCGUAGCUUUCUCGAGACCUUCAGACGGAGAAAAAAUGUAUGUGCAGGAUCGCGUCAGAGCACAUGCUGAUGAGGUUUCUGAUCUUGUGGUCGACAAGGAAGCCAACUUCUACAUUUGUGGCUCUGCGACUAUGGCGAGGGAGGUUUCGAAUGUACUUGGAGAGGAAUUGAGGGCUAGACAAGGUUGGAAUGACGAUGAGUUAAGAGGCUUUAUGGAGAAGCAGAAGCGGGUGAGACGGUGGCAGCAGGAUGUUUGGGGAUGAAAUAUCCCACAGUGAUAGUGGCUGAAUCGACAAGGUCUUGCUUUGUGUGUUCCAACUCUCAAUCAAGCCAUCACCUUCCCCAGUAUAAUACCUUUGGUGGACAUGUGAGUCGAGUGAACGUGCCCUAGUACAACAACUUGCGACCCUCGACGACGUCGUGACUCAUCUCCGAUAUGUUUCUAUGCCUUGCCCCCCCGACG